AUGAUAUGUGAUAUGCCUUUGGUUUGUUCCUCCCUUCGGCAGGCCGAGGGCUAUCUGCAAGGAGAAGAAGGAAGGGCAAAAAGUGAGCCCCUGAGUACCAGUGUGGUACCAACUGAAGGACUUGUGGUAGUGGCCUGGAAGACUACCACGCGUCCUAGGAGAUAUGUCCAACACAAAGCCUUUGAGGUGCCUUCGGCAGGGGGUAUCAAAGGCACCAGCCAAUUGGCGGAUAUGGGAAUGACUGAAAUUAGUAGAAUGGUUUCUGAUGUUUUCCUCCUACAUUUUUAUUGGGGUCAAUCCCUCCUACUCCAACCUUCUUUUCUGUACUGGUAA